CAUAGCUAUCUGAAAAUUCUAUUUGCAAAACAAAUCAACGUGUAGCAUACAUGUAUACAUGAUACACAGUUUUGUGCGGAGCUUUAAAUAUGCAUAGGAAUACAAAGGCUGAAGAUCUAAAAGAUAGAGGUUAUCCGAAAACACCCGUGCGGAGGCAAAAUAAAACCAUCUCAGCAAAUGUUUCACCAGGUAAUAUAAACGGUCGCAGAUCGCACACAGUCAGCCCAGGCUCUUCAAGUCCAAUAUUAAGUAAUCGAAAACCAGUAACCUCAACAUCGGAACAGACCAAUUCUCCAGGUUUGUUAACAAGGGGUCAACGAUCUUUGACCUCAACACCUGAAAAUUCAUCGACCCAACGGGAGCUGAAGAAAUUGGAAGACUAUUGGACGAGACAUAACCCUGUAAAAGAAGAUUCGCCAAGACUCAGGAGCACCAGAAAAGUGAUUUUUAAUAUUAAGGAUUGUUUUCGUGAAAGAAGCCCAAAAACACUUAAACAUGAUGUGAAACUUCAACAACCAGUCAUUGGUAAUGAGCACAAAAGUUUACCAGAAUCUCCGAUACCGGGCUUGCUGCUGACAACUCCAAAUACUGAUGACAGUCAUACAAGUGUACAAUCCAAUAUUUCAACUCUUAAUAAGAAAAUAUGUUCUGAUAAUACGAAAGUAUUAAAGGAUGUACAUGAAACCUUCCAAAUAGAGAAAGAAACUAAGUCAGUUUCAAAGACUGUGACUCAUGAAUUUAAAACAGAUGGAAAUAAAAAAGAUUGCCAAAAAGACGUAGAACCAAAUGAUGUAGGUGUAGCAAAACAUGAUGUAGCAGACACCGACUCUAGUGACUCGGAUGAUGAUGACUAUAUUCCACCAAGAAAGAAACUACGGAGUGAAGUCAGUCAGGAUGAACUUUGGGAAGGGAUCCCGCUAACGAUAUCCUUUAAAAGAUUAGCACCAAUACCAAAAACGUCAGCUGCUAAAACGGGUGAGGACAGCGUGCAAACAUUAACAGCCAGUGAAAACAAACCGGAGGGGGAGACAAAAUCAAACAAAGCUGAAAAAGAUGAUGAUAAAAUUCUUAUACCGUUGACUAAACCUGUUAAGGAUCGAGUUUCUACACACACGGACAUCUCUUCUACAGAACAAGCUUUUGAAACAGGCAUUAAACGUAAAAGAAGUAUGCGUUUAAAAGAGAAAUUGGCUGGAACCCCAAGUAAAAGCAAAACUUCUUAUGUUCCACCUGAAGAACAUUCCCCGGUUGUUAGUAUUACACGUAUUAAUUGUUCGUUUGAACCAGUAAAUAAAAGUCCAAAAACACAAUUUGAAGAUGGUACAGACUGUGGUUCAAAUAGUGAAUUGAAUGAAACUAUUUUGUAUGCAAAUAAAGAUGAAGCAGAGAAUUGUGACAGCAAAAAAGCUAAAGACUGUCCCGGUGAGAAUUUGUUAACCCUUACAUUAUCUCAGAUCUUGUCAGCCGACAACAAAUAUGAUAUAUUUCAAGAAGAAAUGUCGGAAGAAAAAAUUGAUCAAGGUAAAAAGGGCAAAGAUAAUGAAGCAAUAGAAGUAAAUAAUAAACUAUCGACGGCAGUACUGACCGAUGUGGCACCAAGCAUUUCAAAAACAAUAAAUGAUAUCUUUAAAGAAAUCAGUGAACCGUGUUGUCUUCUGAAAGGGCAAAGUAAUGAAAAGGAUGUUGCCAGAGUUGAAUCUACCUCAGAAAAUCCAUCAAGAAUAACAAGAAGUUCAAAAAGACUUUCAGGCAUUGAAAAUGAAAAAUUAGAUAAUGAUACACCGGAAGAUGAAUACAGCAAAUACAGAAAAUCCAAUGAAAUAAUUUCUGACGUUGAUACAAUAGAAGAUGAAAUACCACCAACGAAAUUAGCAGAAGAAUCUGUUACUAGUGAAACAAAUAUCAAAAUUGCAUCUUCUAAACACAAAUUGUUUACGAAGAAACAAAAGAAAUGUGCUAAAACCGUCCCUCCUUUGAGAAUUAAGUUAAAGCAAACCACUAAUAGCAAAUUGAAGGGUCAAGGUGUGUCAAAAACAAACCAGAAAAAUGCCAACAAAGAAAAGGUAAGGCGAAGUGAUAAAAGGGAACAGAAGAUCGUUUCAUUAGACAGAGAGCAGUCUUCGUCAAAAAUACGCCCUUCACAGUCUUCGGAAAAAGAGGUUGCUACGCCUAAGAAUACGAAAAAGAAAACAACAAAACAACGAAAAUGGUCACCAGUAGCAACAAGUACUAUCACGUUGAGGCUUAACAGUGAACGCCGUCUGUCGGCAGCCGGAAGUCUUCUGUCCAAUCCAAUGUUGAACAAACACGCAUGCGUACUAUGGUCUAGUGAAAAUCGCCGGCACAUGCAGUUGUCUAACCCUCACGCUACUUUGAGUGAACUGGAUGCUAAACUUAGCCGGAAAUGGGACAAUCUGUCAGAAAAAGAGAAACUGAAAUACUUCCAACGUGCAAGGGACGCCAUCAAAGAUGAAAACCGACAUUCAAACAGACGAGUUCAAGAUUCCUCCAACAGUGAGUCCGAUCCUACAAGAAAAUACACAGAAGAGUGUUCUGUUGAAAAUUUCCAGAAAUUAACGCCAGCAUUACAGAUGAGCGAGAUAAAGAAAUGGCUGAACUUUUAUAACGAGGUAUCUCCUGAGUCCUGCUCCACGGUUAUCAGUACAUUUAAAGAAGCUCUAGUUGAGGAGAACAAGAAUAAAGCAGAGAAAGAAAAAUUGCAAGAAAAAUCCAAAAAUAAAUCAAAGAAAAAUAAACAAAAGAAGAAAGAGGAACGCGUUACGAACAUCGAUAGUAACGCAAACUACAGAAAACUACUUUUUGAAAAGAUUCAGGACCAAAAAGAAAACGUAAAAGAUGUUUUGAACUUGAAGAAAAAAGAGCAGUCUAAAUCAGUUUUAGAAAGUUACAGCAGUUUAGUCAAGCGUCUGGUGUGCGGUGAUGUAUGUCAUUUUGUAGGAGAUGUUAGAUCUGAUAGGCUUACUGAAACACUGUUUGCCUUAAGAGCAUUAGAAAAAGAUAACAAAUUAGCUGUGACUGGAAAUGUUGCUCGAGGUGACAAGGAAUAUGAAGAUAUUUUAGAAAGAUUAUAUUCCUGGAAUAGCCCAGACAGUAAAUCAUUAGUGUGUUCACUUGAAAAUACUGAGGUAGAUGCAGCAGAGAUAGAUAAAAAGUGCAAAAAGGUAAAAACUUAUUUAAUGGUGAUAAAGUUACCUAACGUUGUUGUUUAG